CCAAUCAGGGCGCAGGAGUCGCCGGGCGCGGUUUCCGGCGCAAUGGCGGCCAAGGCCUUCAAAGUGCGGGCAGGGCCCGGAGGCCGCAAAUACGGGCUGGCGGCCGGGAGCCUCGCGGAGCUGUUGCGGAAGGCCUCCCUGCUGGAGUCGCCCUUGGUCGAAGGCUGCCGGCUGGGCUGCUACGAGGACGGCGUCCAAGUCAGCGAAGAGGUUUUCCGUGCCCUGCCCGACGACGCCGAGCUGAUCCUGCUGCGCCCUGGGGAGGAAUGGAAGGGAUACGUCAGUGAGAUCGAGCGCUUCCUGAGCACUUUCUCCACCUGUUCGUCGGGCGUGAUCCACGCAGCUCAGGGGCUUCUGUCAGGCGAGGAGGCUCCUAAGAGGUGCAAACUGCUGUCUGACCUGAUUCAGAACCUCAGCGAAAAUAUUUCUGCAGAAAGCAGACAGGAAGACGAGAUGUGGUUUGAAGGGGUUGAAUCUCGGUUUAAGACCAAGUCCAGUUAUAUGCGCCAUAGUUGUGAGAGCAGAAUCCGUGGAUACAUGAAAGAGGUUGGGGCCUACAUUUCUGUCGUCCCUCCCGCCCUCCAAAUGAAAUUCAGCGGGAUCACUGAAGCCAUGCUGGAGAAGCUGAAGUUGGAGAAAUACAAUGGUUUUUAUUUUGACCGGAAGGAAGAGACCAAGGACCGCCUGUGCACACCGGAAGGCUGGUUCUCUUGCCAAGGCCCUUUUGACACCGAAGACUGCUCCUGGAGACACUCCAUCAACCCUUACGGGAACAAAGAAAGCCGGAUUCUGUUCAGCACGUGGAACCUCGACCACAUAAUUGAGAAGAAACGGGAGGUCCUGCCCACCUUAGUCGAAGCCGUGAAAGGCUGCGACGGGAAGGAAAUUGACUGGGAAUAUUUUUACCGGCUCAUGUUCACCACGGACAAUUUGAAACUGGUGCACAUUGUGUGCCACAAGAAAACGGUCCACAACCUCGGCUGCGACCGAACAAAAAUCUACCGUAAACGAAAGAAGGGCCGAAAGAACAGGCCUCUUUGCAGCCACACCCUGAGCCCCCGGGUUCAAUUGUCGAAAAUGAAACAAAAAAACGACGCCAAACUUUCUAAAAAUAAAACAAAAAGCCCCCACCCCAUAGCUAAGAAGGGAUCCGCUUAACGGCUGAGCCGUUUGCUUAACGACCACUGCAAAAGAGAUUGUUGAAUCAAAUUUGCCUGGCCAGGGAGCCAUAUUUGUUAUUUAAAUUGUUGCUUUUAACAGCAUUCCAUAUUUUUAAAAAAGAUUAAAAAUAAAAAACAGAUUUUUAAAAAAAUUAAUUACAGAAAUUAAUUAGUGAAUAACACUGUUUUUUCCCCACCUGUUCCAUUCAUUAAAGGCUGCAAGUUGGUUAGCCACCUUUGGGAAUGUCAGGAAAUACUCUUGCAAGCGGGAAUUGUUCCAUUGCAGGGUCCGAUGGAUCAUGUGAAGCCAGAAAAACUAGGUUUGUUCAGUAACCAGGUUUAGUAAGCUACAGACGGUGCUGUGGGAGGAAUCCUACCAUGAUUUAAAGCGAUAACUUCCUCUAUCAUCCCAGUUAUGAAGAAUAAGGCAGGAGGUGCUGACAUGUUUUCAUCUAGUUUUGGACCUGUUCCUGGAUUUAAGUGUCUGCCAACUAGAUUAUAUACCGUUCCCCCCCAAAUAAGACACCCCCGAUAAUAAGCCCAAACAGGCUUUUGAGCGCAUGGCAAUAAGGAUAAGCUCUUAUUUCAGGGUUCAAAAAAAUAUAAGACUGGGUCUUAUUUUCGGGGAAACACGGUAAAUAAUAAAUUUUACUUCAUCAUUACUGAUCUAAGUGCACCAACUCUGCCUUCAGGGAUGAAAGCAGCUCCUUUCGUUCACUGUGAUUAUUUAAUUUUAGCAAUAAAGCUUUAUUAUUGUAAUCAGCAAAA